AUGCCUGCUGCGGCGCCUCCCCCGCUGCACCUCCCGGCGGGGCCCACGGGCUCCUGCUGCUCCUACGCUCACCACCCGGGACACCGAGGCUUGUUUGACCACACUUUAAACAGCAUAAGCUCAAGGAUAACACAAAGGAGGCUACAAGGGACUUGUCCAUCCGUCAGUCGUGGACAUUUUGGAAAACCUUUCUUGGGUGCAAACAGUUAUAGUUCCCCAUUUUUAAACCCCAGGAAUGGUUUUCACACUAUCCAUUCAGAGAAUAGCCCUGUAAAGCCGAGGAUUGUUACUGUGGUGAAACCAAGUGGACACACACUCAGGAAGAUCACAUUGCUUCUGAACAGGCGAUCUGUACAGACUUUUGAACAGCUGAUGGCUGAUAUAUCAGAAGCUCUGGGAUUUCCACGUUGGAAAAAUGAUCGUGUGAGAAAACUUUACAACUUGAAAGGCAGAGAAAUAAGAAGUGUUUCUGAUUUCUUCAGAGACGGUGAUGCAUUCAUUGCUAUGGGAAGGGAGCAGUUGACAUUGAAGAACCUUGAAGUGGUAAUGCAAGAACUUUUUCCAGGUAGCCCAUAUGCUGUCGGUAUAAUUCAACAAAACUUGGAACAGUCCCAAAAACUUAAGAGCAGGCUGUGUGACAAAGCUGUGUAUAGUGACUUUAAUGAGAUGGAGAUGGCCAAGAACUGCAAUGAUGCCUUAUCUUCCCAGCUCAGAGCCAGGCAUGAAGGAAAAAUUCAACCUAAGACCAGGCAAGAAGAAAAGGUGAAGGCCAAAAAAAAAUGGGGCAGAGACAGUUGGGGCAGAGAGCAAGAUACGAAGCCACCUAGAAAAGCCAGAGAAGCAGAAAGGUACUUUAGUCAAGAGAAAAGUCUUAAGAAUGAAACAGAAAAGAGUUCAGAUGAGAUAAUGAGAUGUGAGAAAUGUCAAAGGGAGAGACAGCUCAGGCAAAAACUACAAAGGGAAAGGCAGGCUGAUGUCUCAUUUGAGAGCAGAGACCUGAAUGUGGGAAUGUGUCAGAGAUAUAAUUUAGAAAGGAAUGUAAAAAUGAGGAAUUGCAGGAAGUCUUCAGAAAACUCUAUAGAAGGUGAGGAAGUUGAAUGGAAGGAUACUGGCUGUAGAAGGAGCUGGAAACCUUUACAAAGGAAUGUUAAUGAAGAGCUAGAAAACCAAAAGAGGAGUUUUGAGAAGGAAAGGAAUCCGGAAAGGCAUGAGAAUCAUGACAAAGAGUUAGUAAAGAUAAAGAAAAAUACUGUGGAAGCUCUGCAGGUGGCUCCUGAAGCAAAGAAAGAGAAUAGAAGCAGUUCCAGAAUUAAUCAAAGUUGUUGGUUAAUGAAGGACUGUCAAGGAGAUACAGGGAAGCCCAUAAAAGCAAAGGGAGAGGGCAAAGAGGUGCGGAAGGGAAAAGAAGAAAGUGCUGUAGGGGAAGAGAAUGUAGCGGGUGGAGAGAAUGAAUCCACAAGGGUGAAAAAGAUGGGAGAACAUAAAGCCAACAAAGAUGAAAACAAGCCACAAGAAUUUGAAAGCACGAGGCUGAGGCAAAAUAUCCGUACUAGAGCUGAUGUGGAGAGCUAUUAUGAGAUAGGCAGAACCAUUGGGGAUGGAAACUUUGCUAUUGUGAAGGAGUGCCGGCGCUGCAACACCAAUCAGAACUAUGCCAUGAAAAUUGUUGAUAAGUCCAAGCUGAAGGGGAAGGAGGACAUGAUGGAAAAUGAAAUUUUGAUCAUUAAGAGCCUUUCUCAUCCCAACAUAGUGAGUUUGAUUGAGGUGUAUGAAACUGAGGCUGAGAUCUACCUAAUCCUGGAGUAUGUCCCAGGAGGGGACCUAUUUGAUGCAAUCAUAGAGAGCGUAAAGUUCACUGAGCACGAUGCUGCUCUUAUGAUAACUGAUCUGUGUGAGGCUCUUGUUUAUAUUCAUGGCAAGAACAUUGUCCACCGAGAUCUGAAACCAGAAAAUCUUCUGGUUCAGCAUAAUGCAGAUAAAUCUACUACAUUGAAACUAGCAGAUUUUGGCCUUGCAAAGAAGGUUACAAAACCCAUAUUUACUGUGUGUGGAACACCAACAUAUGUUUCCCCUGAAAUACUUGCUGAGAAGGGCUAUGGACUGGAAGUAGACAUGUGGGCUACUGGUGUGAUACUCUAUAUUCUGCUGUGUGGCUUCCCUCCUUUCCGAAGUCAGGAGCGAGAUCAGGAAGAACUGUUUCAAAUCAUACAGCUGGGUCACUAUGAAUUCCUUUCACCAUACUGGGACAGUAUUUCGGGUGCUGCGAAAGAUCUGAUAACCAGGCUGUUGGUGAUAGAUCCUCAAAAGCGCUACACAGCUCAACAAGUUCUUCAGCACCCCUGGAUCAGAACAGCUGGAAAAACCAACAGCAGAAACCUACAGAGGGAAGUGACAAUAAAUAUCGAGCGCCACUUUCGGAGCCAGCGCAGGAAGGGAGUUGUAGAUGAUGACACAUGAAACCGCUUCUUGUUAAUCUAGUCCUCUUUGUUUUUUCCUUUCCUAAGUGAAUUGGGCCCAUAGCUGCUUGUUGUUGUUGCUUGACCUUUUUUAGAUUUUGAGAAUCUGGGAAAGUUUUGGAAUUCCAAGGCCUGGUCCAGCACUCACUGAAGUGACUGAAUCUUUCCACUGACUUCAGUGGGCACUGGAUAGGUCUACAUGUGUCUUCUUUUUUUUAAACACUGAACUGAGUCUUUAUAUUACAAACUGUUUCUCUUUUAUAGAUUAAAAGUUUUUGCUUUUGCAGUUAACGUCAGUAAUGAUUACAGAGUAUUUUCUGUACUUAUUUUUAUGGUAGCUGCCAGAAGUUUUGUGUUUAUGGCAUCUUGUUUUGGAAAUAUGUAUGUAGACACCCUGCACUUAACUUCUAGACCGAGCCUUUAUACCAGUUACUGUUAGUGACAGAAAUGAUAAGUAAACAAAAUAUAAAGGAAUAUAUCCUUUAGCUAUAGGUUACAUUAAAUAUGAGGCAAGCUACGUGUAUUCAAUAUAAAUAGUGGUAAGUUGAUCCAGGUAGAGAAAAAUUUGAACCCCUCUUCUUUCAGCAGUGGGAUUCUAUAUUACGAGGUCAACUCAGACCUCCGUAAUUUGACUUAUCAUGUGAACACCUAAGUAUUUAUGAGGGAAUAAAAGUCCUUGCAGUCUUACUCACAAAAUUAGUUACCUAAUUAGCUAUUUUGUGGUGUUAGGUAUUAGGAAACAUCCAUCCUUAGUCAUUUUCAGAGACAGAGCAGCAGAGUGGACCAUUGGUCUGUUAUGGUAUGCAAUUCCUAUGUUUCUAUAUUGAUUCUUGAGAGAGAGGAAGGCUGUCAUGGCUGGUAAUUUUUCAUGGCAGCUGUGCAAGACUGUUGUAACAUUUUGUUAUGUGCUGCUGAAGAGUCUCUUUUUUCCUUCUCUGGGAAAGAAGAGUCUGGGAGGGUGAGCAAUUUCUGUGGGAACUC